AACAUGGCAGUCACAACUCUGUGCUUCAGGAUGAUGAUGGUUGAAUUUAUUCUGCUGGGAACAGAAGUUCAGAAAAGCUGUACGUGGGAUCAGGAUGCAGCUGUCCCUCGUGUUACUCCAAACAGACUGCAGCACUUUGAAUAUGAAUCUGUGUCUUUGCAUUGUGAUGGCUCCACUCAGCUGAGAGGGUUUAGGAAUAAUGAAGCGUUUAGUCCAGCAUGUGUAACAAAGAAGACAUCAUCAGGGUCCUCCUGUGUGUUUGAUAAAGUCUAUCAAGGAGACACUGGAGAGUACUGGUGUGAGGCUAAAGGAGGAGAGCGAAGUGAUACUGUUAACAUCACAGUCACAGGUGGUUCUGUGAUCCUGGACAGUCCGGCUCUUGCUGUGCUUGAAGGCAGCAGUGUCACUCUUCUCUGCAGAAAAAAGACAACUUCCACCAACUUUGCAUUUUUCUACAAAGAUGAUGUCAUCUUGGAAAAAAAAGCUGUAGAAAAGAUAAACGUUUACAAUUUUUCCAAGCUAAAUGAAGGUCUCUACAAGUGCAGCAUCCCUGAUGUUGGAGAGUCACCGGAAAGCUGGCUGCCCAUGAAAGUGUUACCUGCAUUGCCUCAUGAAGACACUCGCCCUCAUGGUUCUGACUACAAAUAUGUCAUCGCCCUGCUUUGGACUGCCAUCAUCAUUUUGAUCAUGAUACUGGUGACUCUGCUGGUUCGAUUUCUUCAUACAGGGAAAGGCACAGGUAAAAAUGACUGCUACCUCUAA